GCCAGGCACAGCUGGCGGCGCAGCCAGGGAAGAGAGCCAACCGGGGCAAUGGUGGAAGGGCCUGGGUGCACACUGAAUGCAGAGAAAAUCCGGGCUCGGGUGCGCCCGGGCCAGGCGGUGACCGGUGUACGAGGAAGCGCGUUGCAGCCGCCCGGGGCACCCUGGCCCCCAGCAGCUUGCCCCGGGGCACCUGCAUCCUCUCCCUGGCAGAUUGCUCCAACGAACAGUAAUAAAGAUUCCUGUUGGAAUUUCCCAGGACUGCUUAAUGGAUGUGUUUACAGUGGUGUAGAAACUUUGGGGAAGGAGCUUUUUAUGUACUUUGGACUAAAAGCUUUAAGAAUUCACUUUGGAAUGAAUGGUGCUGUCCUGAUUAAUCCACUCAGGAGCAAAGGUCACACUAGAGCAUCCCCUGUUUUUGAAGUACAGCUCACCAAAGAUUUGAUUUGUUUCUAUGACUCAAGUGUAGAAUUCAGGAAUUCUCUGGAAAGUAAACAGAGGAUAAGAAUGAUGGAAGAUUUAGAUGUCUGCUCACCCAGAUUUAACUUCUCAAGGGCAGAAAGUGAAGUGAAAAAGCAGAAGGACCGGAUGUUAUGUGAUGUGUUAUUGGACCAGAAUGUGUUACCUGGUGUUGGAAACAUCAUCAAAAAUGAAGCCCUCUUUGAUAGUGGUCUCCACCCAGCAGUUAAAGUUUCUCAGCUAAAAGAUGAACAGACACGUCACCUUGUGAAAAUGAUACGUGACUUUACAAUCCUUUUUUAUAGGUGCCGCAAAACAGGCUCGGCUCUUUAUAGACACUGUAAGGUGUAUAAACGUUCUGACUGUGGUCAGUGCAGAAGCAAGAUAACUGUAUGUCGCUUGGGGGAAAAUAACAGAAUGACAUAUUUCUGUCCUCGGUGUCAAAAGGAAAAUCCUCAGUUCAUUGAUAUAAGCAAGCUGCCCACAAGAAACAGUCUAAUUGACUGGGCAUAUACCAGGGGGCUGUAUCCUAAUGAACAUGUUGCUCAGAAAGCUGAAGAGGAAUGGACGUGCGCUGUCUGUACCCUAAUAAACAAGCCUUCUGCUAAGGCCUGUGAUGCUUGCUUGACUUCCAGGCCCAAUGAUGCAAAAGCAGAGGAGGAUGCCAAUAAUUCUGUCACCUAUGACAACAAUUUGAUGAAGUAUCCUUGUAAUAGUUUUGUCAAACGCCAUCCAGAAGUGAAGAUCAACUGGAAAACUGCAUUUGGAAUAGCAACUCUGGUUUUGACAGACCUAGGCAAUAAAUCCAGUUCUUUUGAAAGGAUCAGAAACCAAAACAUGAAGUCCAGUGGAGAUUUUCAAAACUGUCCUGUUGGUAACAUUUGUUUUAGUGAUGUACAGCACCCCUCCAAGGAGAAAGGCAAAUAUAUGGCUCUACCAUCGGACAACGUCAAUGGAUCACCCAUAUUUGACUCUCAAUCUAGUUUAAGUCCAGCACACAAAAAGUUAAAGACUAAUCACUCACUUCCAGAGCUCAAAGGCUGCAGCCCUGGCUUCUCAAACAUGUGUAAUGCUUCCAACAAUGGCCCUACUUCUUUCAGUGAACUUCAAGUUAAUGUGACAGAUAGUACUUGUACCAAAAACAUUAACAGUCCUCGCUGCAAUAAACACAACCGCAUCUGCGUUCUCCGAGUUGUGAGGAAGGAUGGGGAAAGCAAGGGAAGGCAGUUUUAUGCUUGUCCUUUACCUAGAGGAAGCCAGUGUGGAUUUUUUGAAUGGGCUGAUUUAUCUUUUCCAUUCUGCAACCAUGGAAAACGCUCGAUCAUGAGGACUGUGUUGAAAGUUGGUCCUAAUAAUGGAAAAAACUUUUUUGUGUGUCCCCUCAGGAAGGAUAAACAGUGUGACUUCUUUCAGUGGGCCCAAAAUGGACCAGGAAUAGAGAUUAUCCCAGGAUGCUAAUUAUUUUUAACUUGUAUGGCAUACCUGGUUCUCAAUCUCUUAAAAUGGUAAAUAACGAUGUUAGUUCCUUUGUAUUUAAUUUGGGGGUUAAAUAAUAGCCAUAGUUCACUGGGAGUAUCACCACAAUGCUUGAAGAUUAUUGUUAUUCCAAAGCUUUUAAUAGAUUUCUUCCAGUCUCUUCCAUAUAUAUAUAUAUAUUUAUAUAUGUAAUCUUCCACUUACUUCUGCUCUGUAUUACUUUUUCCUC